AAUGAUUUCAAAUUCUUUCGAUGGAUCCACCACAGAUGAGCUGCGAGAUGUUGACAAGAAGUUUACAUACUAUCAUAAUUUAAACAUCUCCGCUCAUGAGCUAAAGAUCGGGCUUGAGUUCACAAAAGUUCUUCAUGAAACUUUAUUCAAACCACUGUGUUUCCAGUCCAGCCCUGGUUACCUUGUAAAAAGGAGAAAUCAAGUCAUUAGAAAAGUCAAACCCAAAGUCAGGCUCUUCCAGAAAGGUUUUCGUGUGAGUUGUUUGGCGACAGGAUUUUACCCUCGUCACAUCAACCUGACCCUGUUGAGAGAUGGACAGCCUGUAUCUGAUAAUGAGGUCACUGGAGGAGAUCUGCUGCCCAAUGGAGACGGGACGUACCAGAUGAGGAAGAGUCUGGAAAUCAGAGCAGAGGAGAGAGAAAAACACAAAUACACCUGCUCUGCAAAACACCUCAGUCUAGACAACAAACUAGAUGUUAUAUUGGAUAAUGUGGAAAAAAAAACAUACAACAAAUUUGAUCCUGGUGAACCAUAUAAAUCUGUGAUUCCCUCAGUGCUGAUAGUUUUGGCUUUAGUGUUGGUGUUGGUAACAGGAGUUGUUAUUUAUAAACACAAAAAGAGACCAGCAGGUGGAAACUUGGAGGACAAAAAGUAA